AUGCCGGCCGCAUCUAUCCCACCUCCGCAGCCCACGUUCAACCAGGACUACAACCAAGGCUACGCCUACCGCGAAGGACUCGCACCCUCGACAAUGAACGGCUCAAGCCCCAAAAGCACCAAGGGUGGUUGGUUCUCUUUCAUGUCGUCGAAAUGGCCCCGAGCCUUCUUCCUCGUCACUCUGCUGCAGGCCAUCAUCUGUUUGGUCUUUGAAGCAUACGUCUUCGCAACCUUUCAGUUCAGCCUCACCAGUGACGACAAUCCUGCCACCGAAUCCCAGCGCCGUACCAUCCCAACGUUCCUGGCUCUCUUCAUUUUCGGUUUCCUCUACGAGCUCGUUCUCGUUUGGGAUGCCCUCCGCGCCAAGAACACUAUUCAGAUCAUUGGAGUCUGCAUUGCCAACCUCGCCCUGAUGGUGUACACGGCCAUCCAGAUUGAACAGAUUCAGAUCGCCGUCGAAGAGCUGCGUGUCGGCGGCGGCCUGAGGAUUGGCCACGAGAGCGUCUGGGAGGACAUCAGGCCCUACCUUGUCGCCAUCCCCUGCAUCUUCUCUCUCGGCACCGUUCUCAUGGGCUUUGUCGCCUGGAAGCUGUACCAGGUGUUCGCCUGGGAUAUCCUGAAGACCAUCGGCGCCGACUAUCGCAUGAAGCAACGCUUCCUCUACUACCAGAUCUACAUUGCGCUCCUGAAGUUCGACUUCUUCUUCUUCCUCGGGUUCACUGUCCAGUUCCUCGUCAUCGUCGGCGACAUUGAAAUCGUCGAAUACGCCCUGACCGCCGCCGCUAUUCCUGUCACCGUUGCGAUCCUCAUCAGCGCUGCCUACUUCACCCGCCGCGAGAACAAGCCCGGCAUGAUCGCUGUCAUUGUCCUUUACCUCGGUGCCCUCAGCUACUUUGUCUUUAAACUCGUCCGCAUCUACCAGCCCGGCUACCAGCAACACUACAUGAACGUUCGCAAGUCCCUGACUACUUUCACCGUCAUCACUAUCCUCCUCAUCAUCCUGACCAUUGCCAACGCUAUCAUCUGCAUGAAUAACUUCGGUGCUGGCCUGAAGACUCAUCUGCUCAAGUCGCGUGAAGCUGAGAAGGCUACUGACCUCAACUCUGUCAGCAUGCAAGAUGUCAAGCCCCAGAUGGCGAGCAGGAUGACCAUUGACUAG